AUGAACCCCCAGGCCGGAGGCCAAAGCGCGGGCCCAACCCUGCAAGCGUUUGGUCUGCCAUCUGGUUCAUUCCCAGUCCAAGGGGCUGGUGGUGUUCAGGUGUCUGCUGGUAUGGAGUGCGAACAGGCCCGUGGUUUGGCGGACCCGGUUGAUACAUUGCUGAGUCGCAUCAUCGUCCGUCCGGGAGACCUGCCGGUUAAAGCGGCGUCCGGGAGACCUGCUGAGAGUCCCACUUCUAAAGACCCGGCCGCAGACUUCAAGAAGCUUGCACGGCUGAGGCCGGUGUCGCGACGGUUUAACCAGCUUGCUUUGCAGGUGGAAGGGGUCGUCUGCGUGCUGAAUGCAGCCAGGACAAUGGACGCACGGCUCCUGUUCUUCCUGCAAGAGGCAGAGGAUCUGAGAAGGAUGAACCUGAUCUGCAAGCGGAAAGGUACUACCCUUAUGACCAUCUCUGGUGGUCUGCUCGCAGGGGCGCUGAAUUCCACUCCAAAGCUGGAACGCUUCCGCCUGACUUAUGGUGAUCUAGGAAAUGAGGCUGACGAGCUGACACAACAGCUGUUCAGGGCUCUGUCUAGGUGCCCUUUGCUCAAGUCCAUUGAGCUUGUGCGCUGCAGAGUUCCUAUCUGGAGCCCUGUGCGCAACCUGACGCCUUUUCUCCAUCUGAAAGCACUGGCCCUGACAAACUCGUUAUCGAUCACCAGAGCUGCAAUGGACCACUUGCUACAUCAGGUGGCUCCGGCUUUGGAGAAGCUGACAAUCAGAGGACUUUGUGGUGUUGCAAGCUUGAGGGUGGAGUCGCAAACUCUUACUGCUCUUGUGCUUGACAACGCCACAUCAAACGAAAUAUUGACAAAACUGGAAAUAGACACGCCACGCUUGAAAAGGCUGCACCUGCCUGACAGCCGGGAGACAUGCAUCAAUGCUCCAGAGUUGUGCAAUCUGCACUUCCAACGGGCGCCAGAAGGACCAAUUCAUGGAUCCACGCCCUGGAAGGUGAGAGAACUGAGGCUGUCCAACACGUGGAAAGAGGAGCCCUUUCUCCAGGUGCUACAGCUUUCAAGGGACCUAGAAAUACUUGAUCUCGAGGAUGUGGCAUUCGAAAAUAGCAACAUCGAGAAAGCCGCAGAGAUCCUCAUGUACCUGCGGAGAUUGAAGACAUUGGAUACGAGCAUCAGGCUUUUGGAAGCCCUUGUAGAUCAGUCCUCAGAGAGGAUCGUGUCGCUGUCGUUUAGGAACCUCUUGAAGCUGGUGGUAGAUGCUACUAGUAUGGAGGAAGUACAUUUCUGCGUCAAGAUUGCUGAGGCAAGCCAAGUGCUCACACACUUGAAAAUCGACCUGAGAGGUGUAAACGGUCCCCUAGUCAACAUGGUAACAAGCUUCCUGAAUCUGCAAAAGCGAAAGCCAAGACUUACAAUAGUCGUGGAGGAGCCGCGCUUGAUAAGCAUUGAGAACUCGAACAAUUGA